GGGAAAACCCGAUCUUCGUGUGGAAUUAUGGUUCUAUGCGGAGUCGCUAAGGCCUUCCCCCGAUGGUAUCGAGAUUGAAGAAGGUUCAAUUCUGACUGUGAUAGCCAGGAGCCGUAGUUUAGGUUACCCACCGUAGCAUACAACGGUGCCGCGUUUCUUGCAGAACUCCCAUCCUUCGGAAAGUUCCGUGCCCCUGCCACUUCGCGGCGCGCCACGGAGAUAAUCAUGUGAACGCACAGGUCCUCUUGUCACUCACUUCGCGCUAGGUACACCUGGCACUCGCUUGUGUCUCUCUUUCACUCGGUCGUGGGGCUCUCUAGACUCAACCACACGGCAUGUCCGAGCUUCGUCGGAGGAACCGUGACCACAGUCUCGGACUCGAGGACAUCGGAGCCGAUGCGGCUUCGCCGCCCACCAACUCAGUCAACGGCAUCAGCGCCGAAGGUCUCGUGGGCGCCAUCCAGGAUCUCAGCGAGAGGGUCAGUCAUACGCUGACGUGGCACGAGCUGGAGGAAUGGCAGAAAGACAACGAGUACAUCACUGCGGGGUACCGAAGGGCACGAAACAGCCUAAGAGAAUGCUUGCGAUCUGUCUAUGCAUACCUCCACAAUGAAACUGUCAAUAUACACAGCCAUCUAUGGGGCGCAGUGCUGUUCGUGCUCAUCUUGUUCACCUUCAAUUCCAACCACAUAUCGCGCUACGAACUCUCCGCGGGAUGGCUAGAUCUGGGAGUUUUCACGGUGUUUCUGUCCUCGGCCGUGUUUUGCUUGAGCGCGAGCGCGUUUUAUCACAUGGUCGGCAGCCAUUCCGACGACUUUUCGACACGCUGUCGAGCAUUCGAUUACACGGGAAUUAUCGUGUUGACCGUGGGCUCGUUUUGGCCCGCAAUGUAUUACGCCUUCUUCUGCGCUCCACACCUCAGAACAUUCUACCUCACGGUGAUCACCGCUUGCGGCCUAGGUGCGGCGUUCUUCGUCCUAAACCCGGAGUACGGCAAGCCUACCCACCGUGGUGCCCGAACCAAGGCGAGUGUCUUCAUCGGUCUCGGAUUGAGCGGCGUCGUGCCGUCCGCUCACGCCUUGGCCAUCCACGGCGCCCACGAUUUGUGGCAUAAUCUGGGUUUCAGUUACCUCAUCGCCUCCGGCGCGCUGUAUAUCUUUGGGGCGCUGCUCUACGCCAACAGGAUCCCCGAAAGAUUCGCUCCCGGGAGAUUCGAUUAUUUUUUCGCCUCACACCAGCUAUUUCACUUGUGCGUCGUGCUCGCUGCGCUGGCGCACUACGGCGGCGUAUUGAAGGCGUUCGAUUACUGGCACGGACGGAACACGCUGCAGCCAUGCCUUUCAUCCUGA